UGUCAGAUCCUCCUAGUGACCUCAAAACAACUGUUGUAUCCAGUCGUAGUAUCACCAUUUCAUGGAAUGCACCUAAUAACACAGACAGUGAAGAAACCUUUGGAUAUGUUUUCAAGUUAAUGAUGGAUGAUGCAUGUGUGAAAGAAGUUGUAUACAGAUGUUCCAAUUGUCUUGGUACUUUCCAGAUCUCCAGUCUUGAGAACAUGUGUGAGAACAAUAAUGUGCGAGAAGUCCAUUCAAAGACAAAAAUUGAACUGAGUGGUUUACAGUCAUACGAGUUUAUCAACCUGCCACCAUACACAACUUUCAUUAUAUCUGGCACAGCCGUUAAUUACUUAGGUAGGGGGAACGUCGCUUCAAUUCUGCAGGCAACAGCAGAAGAAGCACCACAAACUCCAUACAACGUGGAUGUUAGGGACAUAGGGACCACAUCAUUCACUAUAACUUGGAACAUAGAUGGACCUAGACCUGGAAAGACUCACUUCACUAUUACCUUGAUUGCUGAUCACCCUGCAGCAAACAAAGAGUUUACUGUUACAGAUUUUACUGCAAGAAGUUAUCUAGCAGAAGGCCUUGAAGAGUACUGGAACUACAGUGUAACUGUGACAGUCGUUACAUCAGUAGGUGCUAAGACAUCCGAUAAAUCACAGACAUACAGGACCAAGCCUGCAGCACCAGGAACUGUUUUAAAUGUAGAAAUAACGGGAGCACUAGGAGGAAUUUAUACACUGAUGCAGAUUUCUUGGAAAGCACCGGCAGUAUUACGUCGGAACAGCCUUAUCAAAGAGUAUAGUUUAGUUACCAAUUCUACAGGAACGAAUGCGAAGAAACAGAGUUUGUCACAUGAAUCUAAAGAAAACUACGAGUAUGAAAUAGUUGUCAACGUCAUACCAGAGGAGACCUAUACUUUCCAGGUAUAUGCUAUAAAUUUACAAGACAUGAAGGGAGUGGUAACCACUGUCGAAAAACAAGCACCCGUUGGAGUUCCAGUAAAUAUUGAAGACACAUUACAAGUUGAUAUAUUGAUACAUCAGAAGAAAAAUGUUGGAAAGCGGCAGUUUACAGUGUCAUUAGUGCGAAAUUUCUUUGAGGAGUCCACAAACGGUCAAAUACAAGCAUCCGGACUUAUAGCAUGUGUGAAAGACUGCAAAUUUGAAGGUAUAAGGACACUUUCAGAUUUUAAUACGAUGGACAACUGGAAGAAAUCGUCACUGAAAGGCUUUACGUUAUAUCGUGUAACAAAUUCAACAUGGCUGGAUGAAAUGAAAACACAAUGUUCGCGUGAUAGAAGGAAACGGUCUGUGACAAAAGUUGAGUACACUGUUGGUAGUGAUGAUUGUACCGAUGUUUCCUCAGAAGAGUACUGUAACGGUCCCCUUCAACUAGACACCAGUUACUAUCUAGUUGCUGUGUCAUGCACCAAUGGUGGAUGUCUUUUAAGUCGGCAGUAUGGACCUUUUGUAGCAACUUCUGAAGGACCUUGUACUACGGAGAAUGAUAGUUCUACGCAUUCCAUCAUCAUUGGCGCUGUACUUGGUGUGAUCAUUUUAAUUCUAAUCGUAUAUGCAGGAUACGCAACAUUUUUGAUCAGACGCUACAGACAAAAUGGUGGAAAAGAAAUAAACACAUCUAGGAAGAAAAAUGAUCGAAAAAGUCAAACGUACGUGAAUGAAGCGGUAGUGUUGGGAGUUGUAGAUGCCAGAGGCAGCACAAAUGAUAGAACACUUAGUAACAUUGCAACUAGUGAGGAACCCUACACUGAAUAUUCCCGUCUUGACGACAACAAGAGAGAUGACAGAACAGGAUAUGAUAUCAUUCAUUCCAGUCGUCAAUAUUAGUUCAUUGAAUAUCAUGACACUGAUUUAGGCUAACGCAUAUGUAGAUUAUGUACAUUUUUAUAUAGCCGUGUAUAUAGUUUAAAUUAGAUAAACGUUCAGAGUUGGUGAGACGUCAAUAAUAAAACAAGAAAAGCAUAUGUUGCUGUAUUUUUCAAAAUCAGAGAUCAAAAUAUCUUUCAACGAUUGAACGAUAAAUGCAAAUUCAGUAUCUGAAUGCGAUUGUAUGGUAGUAUGUUUAGUGCAUGCAUUUAUUUCUUUUAUUAUUAAGCUAUCUCGUGCGCACUACAUUUUAUGUCACGCGCAAGACAUCUUAUCUUGAGCGAUCAGCAUCGUAUCUCGUUCGCACGACAUCUUAUCUCGAGCGAUCAACAUCUUAUCUUGUGCGCACGACAUCUUAUCUCGAGCGAUCAACAUCUUAUCUCGUGCGCACAUCAUCUUAUCUUUGAGCGAUCAGUAUCUUAUCUCGAGCGAUCAACAUCUUAUCUUGAGCGCACGACAUCUUAUUCAUAUAUAUCAAGGCCCUUUGUGUGAAUUCGAUCAUCAGUAAAAACAUACGACUGCCAUCGUUUUUGCUUUUGUUUUGUUGAUACUUAUAACCGUUUCACGUGUUUGCAGGGUCAUAAUUUAUAUACGCAAACAGAUACAAAAGGCAGCAAAUAUUCAGUGAUGACGCAAAGAAAUAAAUUUAGGUCCUUGACAAAACAAAAUGUAGUAUGUAGGCUUCGCUCAUAUAUUAACGAAUUUCUUUGUUUUCCCUUAAUUCAUUCAUGCAAUUUUAUAACUUUUCUGUGCAAAUUUAUCAGUCAAACUGCAAUUUGUUGCUAUUCUAACAUGCAAAAAGCAUUAUAUUAAUUUAACAUUGAAGAUAGGAUGACCAAUUAUGUGCACUGCUCUCCACAAUGAUAUGGUAAACUUGUAUAUGUACUUGUGAGAAAUUUAGAUAACGUCGGAAUAGGCGGGACCCUAAUUAUCAGCUUGUCCGUGUGUUUAAAUUUACUGAUGACCUAAAUACACACAAAGGGGCUUAAGAUAUAUAUAGAUAAGAUCUCAUGCGCUCGAGAUAAGUUGUUGAUUGCUCGUAAUAAGAUGUCGUGUGCACGAGAUAAGAUUUUGAUCGCUCGAGAUAAGAUGUCGUGCGCACGAGGUAAGAUGUUGAUCACUCGAGAUAAGAUGUUGAUCGCUCGAGAUAUGAUGUCGUGCGCGCAAUUUAUGAUGUUGAUUACUCGAGAUAUGAUGUCGUGCGCAAGAGAUAAGAUGUUGAUUGCUCGAGAAAAGAGGUCGUGCGCACGAGAUAAGAUGUUGAUCGCUCGAGGUAAGAUGUUAAUCGCUCAAGAUAAGAUGUCGUGAACACGAGAUAAGAUGUUGAUCACUAAAGAUAAGAUAUCGUGCGCACGAGAUACGAUACUGAUCGCUUGAGGUAAGAAGUUAAUCGCUCAAGAUAAGAUGUCGUGCACUCGAGAUAAGAUGAUGAUCUCUCAAGAUAAGAUGUAGUGUGCACGAGAUUAUAUAAUUUAGAAAAAAAACGAUUGACUGUUUUGAAUAUUUUAUUUCACACGUGAAAACAAUUGCAUCCCAAUGAUGUCUUUGUUUUUUUUUUCUACGCCAAGACCACAGAAUUAUUGAAGUAUUGGAAUGCAGUUGACAAAUCUGUACCAGACAAAAUAAUAUAUGAAUCUUUUACUGUUUUAGCUAUAAUUUAGCUUUACAUUUCAGUAAUCCGCUCAUUCAGUAUUGAAAUGCAUUUGUCAAUGUUUAAUAUUUUUCCAGUUAUAUCUUGUACCUGUACUCCCGUAAAGCUAUAACUUUUCUGUAAUCAAUAUUUUACGUAAAAAAUACUUAAUGUUUCAUAAAAUGAGUUAUUUGGAAUUACAUUCCUUGUAUAUAGUGUAUACACUAGCGAAAUAGAGAUGAAUGUUAUUUCUAACUUCUGAACAAAAAUAUGUCUGAAACCUCAUUUUCAAUGAAAACAUUUCCUUAGCAGUGACACAUUUAAUAUUAUACACAUAGACAAUAGUUGGACUCUACAACAGAAUAAGUACUGCUGUUUACUUGUCUAAUAGAAUUCUGUAUUAUAAUAAUUAUUUUACUCAACACUGAUGUGCAACCUAACAUGUGGUACCUGUAGAUAAGAAAAGCAACAUUCUUUAUUCCAAAUUUUACUUGGUAUAUUAAUAUCUGUAUAAUACAUAUGGGAACAAAUAAGAUACACAUUGCAAAAUAUCUGAACUGUACAGAAAAAGGUAUGAAAACAUUUGAAUAUCAUUACAAUGUGCAUGUUGCAAUACAGAGGAUAAAGUAAAUAAGUACAUUUUUUCAGCAAAUUAGCUCUGAAAAUGCCUCGAAUGUAACAGCUAUCUGCAGCAAUGAAUAUUUUAGUUUAUUCUCAUACAUUUAACUAAUAAAGAAAUUUAA